AUGAGGUUGAGACUCAUUUUCCACACUAACAUUGCAAAGAUGCCUCUCCUCACUCUUCUUUCUUUCUCUCAUCGUGGAGAUGCUACACUAACACCUCCAAGGUUUACAAGAACUCCCGUGGACCAGACAGGGGUCUCUGGCGGAGUUGCCUCUUUCAUUUGCCAAGCUACAGGAGACCCAAGACCUAAAAUUGUCUGGAACAAAAAAGGAAAGAAAGUCAGCAAUCAGAGAUUUGAGGUAAUAGAGUUUGAUGAUGGAUCUGGAUCAGUACUCAGAAUACAACCCUUACGGACUCCGCGGGAUGAGGCUAUUUAUGAAUGUGUGGCCUCGAAUAAUGUGGGAGAAAUAAGCGUAUCCACCAGACUCACAGUUUUGCGUGAGGAUCAAAUUCCUAGGGGCUUCCCUACCAUUGACAUGGGCCCACAGUUGAAGGUGGUCGAGCGUACGCGCACUGCCACCAUGCUUUGUGCAGCCAGUGGGAAUCCAGAUCCAGAAAUAACUUGGUUUAAAGAUUUCUUACCCGUCGACACAAGCAACAACAACGGCCGUAUUAAGCAGUUACGAUCAGAAUCUAUUGGUGGUACACCAAUAAGAGGCGCCCUUCAGAUCGAACAGAGCGAAGAAUCUGACCAAGGAAAAUAUGAGUGUGUUGCCACCAACAGCGCGGGCACUCGCUAUUCUGCCCCUGCCAAUUUAUAUGUCAGAGAGCUGCGAGAAGUUCGCCGUGUCCCACCAAGAUUCUCUAUCCCACCUACUAAUCAUGAAAUCAUGCCAGGUGGAAGUGUUAAUAUCACCUGUGUGGCCGUGGGGUCACCAAUGCCUUAUGUGAAGUGGAUGUUGGGGGCAGAAGAUCUGACACCGGAAGAUGAUAUGCCAAUAGGAAGAAAUGUACUAGAACUGAAUGAUGUGAGACAGUCAGCAAAUUACACCUGUGUGGCUAUGUCAACACUGGGUGUCAUUGAAGCAAUAGCACAGAUCACUGUCAAAGCCUUACCCAAACCUCCAGGAACUCCUGUAGUGACCGAGAGCACAGCCACAAGCAUCACAUUGACGUGGGACUCUGGGAAUCCUGAGCCUGUCUCUUACUACAUCAUUCAACAUAAACCUAAAAAUUCUGAGGAACCUUACAAAGAAAUUGAUGGGGUGGCAACGACACGCUACAGUGUCGCUGGACUAAGUCCCUACUCGGAUUAUGAAUUCAGGGUUGUUGCUGUCAAUAACAUUGGGCGGGGACCUCCCAGCGAGCCUGUGCUAACGCAAACCUCAGAACAAGCACCAUCCAGUGCCCCACGGGAUGUACAGGCGCGGAUGUUAAGUUCAACCACCAUUUUGGUACAGUGGAAGGAACCUGAAGAACCAAAUGGACAGAUCCAAGGAUACAGAGUUUAUUAUACAAUGGAUCCCACUCAACACGUCAACAACUGGAUGAAGCAUAAUGUAGCUGACAGCCAAAUCACUACUAUUGGCAACUUAGUGCCCCAGAAAACAUAUUCUGUCAAAGUUUUGGCUUUUACCUCAAUUGGAGAUGGUCCUCUUUCAAGUGACAUACAAGUCAUCACUCAGACAGGAGUACCAGGGCAACCACUAAACUUCAAAGCAGAACCUGAGUCUGAAACAAGUAUUUUGCUGUCUUGGACACCUCCACGUUCAGACACCAUUGCCAACUAUGAACUGGUCUACAAAGAUGGGGAGCAUGGCGAGGAGCAACGGAUUACCAUUGAGCCCGGGACAUCUUUUAGACUGCAAGGGCUGAAACCCAACAGUUUGUACUACUUCCGUCUGGCCGCACGCUCUCCUCAAGGCCUGGGUGCUUCCACGGCUGAAAUAUCAGCCAGAACCAUGCAGUCAAAGCCGUCAGCUCCUCCUCAAGACAUUAGUUGCACCAGCCCAAGUUCCACUAGUAUUUUGGUAAGUUGGCAACCUCCGCCAGUGGAAAAACAGAAUGGCAUUAUUACUGAAUACUCCAUCAAGUACACCUCAGUGGAUGGGGAAGAUGAUAAACCUCAUGAAAUUUUGGGCAUUCCUUCGGACACUACUAAAUACCUUUUGGAACAGCUGGAAAAAUGGACUGAGUACCGCAUUACUGUGACAGCCCACACAGACGUCGGCCCUGGCCCUGAGAGCUUCUCCGUGUUGAUUCGAACUGAUGAAGAUGUUCCUAGUGGUCCUCCUCGAAAAGUCGAGGUAGAGGCUGUCAACUCAACAUCUGUUAAAGUCUCAUGGCGCUCACCUGUGCCCAAUAAGCAGCAUGGCCAGAUAAGAGGAUACCAGGUGCAUUAUGUGAGGAUGGAAAAUGGUGAGCCCAAAGGCCAGCCCAUGCUGAAGGAUGUCAUGCUGGCUGAUGCACAGUGGGAAUUUGAUGAUACUACUGAACAUGACAUGAUUAUUUCUGGGCUACAGCCUGAAACUUCCUACUCCCUCACUGUCACAGCCUACACCACCAAAGGAGAUGGUGCUCGCAGCAAGCCCAAACUGGUGUCCACCACUGGGGCAGUUCCAGGGAAACCCCGGCUUGUGAUUAACCACACUCAAAUGAAUACUGCUCUCAUUCAAUGGCACCCCCCUGUGGACACAUUCGGACCUCUUCAGGGUUAUCGUCUAAAAUUUGGCCGGAAAGAUACGGAACCACUCACUACUCUUGAGUUCUCUGAGAAAGAAGAUCACUUUACAGCCACAGACAUCCAUAAAGGAGCAUCAUAUAUCUUCAGGCUCUCAGCCAGAAACAAAGUGGGCUUCGGGGAAGAGAUAGUGAAAGAGAUUUCUGUUCCAGAAGAAGUCCCAACUGGAUUCCCUCAAAACCUCCACUCAGAAGGCACCACUUCAACCUCUGUCCAGUUAUCCUGGCAGCCACCUGUCCUGGCAGAGAGAAAUGGCAUCAUCACCAAGUAUACUCUUCUGUAUAGGGAUAUCAACAUCCCUCUUCUUCCAAUGGAGCAGCUUAUUGUUCCAGCUGAUACCGCUAUGACACUCAGUGGCUUAAAACCAGAUACCACAUAUGAUGUAAAAGUACGUGCUCACACGAGCAAAGGGCCCGGGCCAUAUAGUCCCAGUGUCCAGUUCAGGACACUGCCUGUGGAUCAAGCAGUGUUUGCAAAAAAUUUUCAUGUCAAAGCAGUAAUGAAGACUUCAGUGCUGUUGUCUUGGGAAAUUCCAGAAAAUUAUAAUUCUGCCAUGCCUUUCAAAAUUCUUUAUGAUGAUGGGAAAAUGGUAGAAGAAGUCGAUGGCCGGGCUACCCAGAAGUUAAUAGUCAACUUGAAGCCUGAGAAGUCAUAUUCAUUUGUGCUGACCAAUCGUGGGAACAGUGCUGGCGGGCUGCAACACAGGGUAACAGCAAAGACUGCACCAGACGUACUACGUACCAAGCCUGCCUUCAUUGGGAAGACCAACCUGGAUGGCAUGAUUACUGUGCAACUUCCUGAAGUACCUGCAAAUGAGAAUAUAAAAGGUUACUACAUAAUAAUUGUGCCUUUGAAGAAAUCUCGUGGGAAAUUUAUCAAGCCAUGGGAGAGUCCAGAUGAAAUGGAAUUAGAUGAGCUGCUUAAAGAGAUAUCUAGGAAACGCAGAAGCAUCCGAUAUGGGAGAGAAGUUGAAUUAAAGCCAUAUAUUGCUGCUCACUUUGAUGUCCUUCCCACUGAGUUCACCCUGGGGGAUGACAAACAUUAUGGUGGAUUCACAAACAAGCAACUCCAAAGUGGUCAAGAAUAUGUCUUCUUUGUGUUAGCAGUGAUGGAACAUGCAGAGUCUAAGAUGUAUGCAACCAGUCCCUACUCCGAUCCUGUUGUAUCAAUGGAUCUGGAUCCACAGCCCAUCACAGAUGAAGAAGAAGGCUUGAUCUGGGUUGUAGGUCCUGUCCUUGCAGUGGUCUUUAUCAUCUGCAUUGUCAUAGCUAUCCUUCUUUAUAAAAGCAGUAAACCUGACAGGAAGAGGGCAGAGUCUGACUCUAGAAAGAGCAGCAUACCCAACAGUAAGGAGGUCCCUUCACACCAUCCAACAGACCCAGUAGAACUGAGGCGCCUUAAUUUUCAAACACCAGGUUCAGAUGAUUCCGGUUACCCUGGUAACCUUCAUUCUUCAAGUAUGGCUAGCCAUCCUCCAAUUCCUAUCUUGGAACUUGCAGAUCACAUUGAAAGGUUGAAAGCAAAUGACAACUUGAAGUUUUCCCAGGAAUAUGAGUCAAUUGACCCUGGCCAGCAGUUCACAUGGGAACAUUCAAACUUGGAAGUAAACAAACCAAAGAAUAGAUAUGCAAAUGUAAUCGCAUAUGAUCAUUCCCGGAUUCUCCUAUCAGCAAUAGAAGGCAUCCCAGGAAGUGACUAUGUGAAUGCCAACUACAUAGAUGGCUAUAGGAAACAAAACGCCUAUAUUGCAACACAGGGAUCUCUCCCUGAAACAUUUGGGGACUUUUGGAGAAUGAUAUGGGAGCAACGGAGUGCAACGGUUGUCAUGAUGACAAAACUAGAAGAACGAUCCAGGGUGAAGUGUGACCAGUACUGGCCCAGUAGAGGCACAGAAACCCACGGGCUGGUGCAAGUGACGCUGCUCGAUACGGUGGAACUGGCCACGUACUGUGUGCGGACAUUUGCACUUUACAAGAAUGGGUCAAGCGAGAAGAGAGAAGUAAGACAAUUCCAGUUCACAGCCUGGCCUGAUCACGGCGUUCCAGAGCACCCUACACCUUUUCUAGCUUUCUUACGGAGAGUCAAAACCUGUAACCCUCCUGAUGCAGGUCCCAUGGUUGUGCACUGCAGUGCGGGAGUUGGCCGGACUGGUUGUUUCAUCGUAAUAGAUGCCAUGUUAGAAAGAAUAAAGCAUGAAAAAACUGUAGAUAUUUAUGGCCAUGUAACUUUAAUGAGAGCCCAGAGGAAUUACAUGGUUCAAACAGAAGACCAAUACAUCUUUAUCCAUGAUGCACUGUUAGAAGCAGUGACUUGUGGAAAUACCGAAGUGCCAGCUAGAAACUUGUAUGCCUAUAUUCAGAAGCUGACACAAAUAGAAACAGGAGAGAAUGUCACAGGAAUGGAGCUCGAAUUUAAGCGUCUAGCCAGCUCUAAAGCUCACACCUCAAGAUUCAUCAGUGCCAAUCUUCCAUGUAAUAAAUUCAAAAAUCGCCUUGUUAAUAUUAUGCCAUAUGAAUCCACAAGGGUCUGCCUGCAACCUAUCCGAGGAGUAGAAGGAUCUGAUUACAUCAAUGCCAGUUUUAUUGAUGGAUACAGACAACAGAAAGCCUACAUCGCUACCCAGGGGCCCUUGGCAGAGACCACUGAAGACUUCUGGCGAAUGCUCUGGGAACACAAUUCCACCAUUGUCGUGAUGCUCACCAAGCUGCGUGAGAUGGGCAGAGAGAAAUGUCACCAAUACUGGCCAGCAGAACGAUCUGCAAGAUACCAGUACUUUGUUGUAGAUCCCAUGGCUGAGUACAACAUGCCACAAUAUAUCCUAAGAGAAUUCAAGGUCACAGAUGCUAGGGACGGUCAGUCCCGAACAGUGAGGCAGUUCCAGUUCACCGACUGGCCAGAGCAAGGAGUGCCAAAGUCUGGAGAAGGAUUUAUUGACUUCAUUGGCCAAGUCCAUAAAACAAAAGAGCAGUUUGGCCAAGAUGGGCCCAUUUCAGUCCAUUGCAGUGCGGGCGUUGGAAGAACUGGAGUCUUCAUAACAUUAAGCAUUGUUUUGGAAAGAAUGAGAUAUGAAGGAGUUGUAGAUAUCUUCCAGACUGUCAAAAUGUUAAGAACACAACGACCAGCCAUGGUACAGACAGAGGACCAGUACCAGUUCUGCUACCGAGCUGCACUGGAGUACCUGGGCAGCUUUGAUCACUAUGCAACGUAGAAACCCC